AGCCGUUCUGGCUCAAGUGCGACUCCUCUGCAAGGCCUGCUUCUUUUACGCUGCUUUGCCCGUUCGCGUAGGGAUGAUUCACGGUGGCGGCGGCUUCGGUAGCGGCGGCGUGGGCAUGAGUUACAACGGCGCGUACGGCGGCGACGCGGCUUGCUGCGGCGGCGGCGGAAGUGGCGCGGCUCUCGGCGGUGCGUAUGGCGGCGACGCGGGCUGCUGCGGUGGCUCGGCGGGCUACGGCUACGGCGGCACCCCUGGCUACGGCCUCGCGGGUGGCAUGCCGCCACAAACUCAUACUUACAUUGGGCCUGGUGGUGAUUACGUGCAGGAGACGACGUACAAGUACAUCGGCAUGGGGGCGAGCGGCCCGCAAGCAGUCUCAGAGACAGUCAUCUCGAGCAUACUGCCAUUGCCUCGCCGUGGCUUCAACUGCUGUUGCCUGUGUCUGAUCCCUUUGCUACUAUCGCUGCUGUUGCUGCCGCUGCUCGGCUGGAUGCUGAUGGGCUCAACCAGCACGACGACCACCACCACAGUUCUCAUGACUACUCCACCACCGCCAUUGCUGGCAGCGCCGCCGACGCCUCCGCCUGAUGCUCCGACGACGACCAAGAAAACCACCACGGAGGCUCCGCCUCCGCCGCCGCCGCCGCCUCCGCCUCCGCCGCCCCCCCCGCCACCUCCGCCCCCGCCGCCACCACCAGUGACGACCACGGAGAAAAAAGUCGACUGCGCGGAGGGCGAUCCGCCGUCCUGGGAGAUCUCCAAGAAGGUCACUUGCUGCUUGCAGGCAGGCAGAGGGUGCCCUACGACGCCGCCGCCGCCUCCCCCACCGCCACCCCCGCCGGCUCCCGUGGCUCCGCCACCGCCUCCGCCACCGCCUCCGCCCCCGCCUCCGCCAGCUCCUGUGGCGCCGCCCCCGCCGCCGCCAGCUCCCGUGGCGCCGCCCCCGCCGCCGCCGCCUCCUGCCGCGCCUUCCAAGCCGUACGAUUGCGAAGCUGGGUAUUCGAAUUGGCAGGCGGGAUGGUCCGAAGACAAGAAGUCGUGGUGCUGCGCCAAUGAGCAGAAGGGAUGCCCGGAGACGACGACGCCGCCGGCCCCGCCUUCCAAGCCGUAUGAUUGCGAAGCUGGGUAUUCGAAUUGGCAGGCGGGAUGGUCCGAAGACAAGAAGUCGUGGUGCUGCGCCAAUGAGCAGAAGGGAUGUCCGGAGACGACGACGCCGCCGGCCCCGCCUUCCGAGCCGUACGACUGCAACGCUGGGUAUUCGAACUGGGAGGCUGGGUGGUCGCCGGACAAGAAGGAGUGGUGUUGUUCGAACAAGCAGAUGGGUUGCGCCGAGGCUGCAUCUAAGCCUUAUGACUGCGACGCCGGUUAUUCCAACUGGGAGGCUGGAUGGAGCGAGGACAAGAAGGGCUGGUGUUGCACCAACGAGCAGAAGGGCUGCCCAAAGUGAGUUGGCAUAAGUAGCAGGUGUUUCGCACAGUACCGUGUACGAGCCAAGCGGGGGUUCAUCAGUUGUUCAUCAGAUUUGGUUGGUAUUGCUGUAAAGCGAACACGUACGGGCGAUUUUUUGUUAGGCUCGCAUUCAUGGGACGCCAGGGUGGCGAUGUAAUCCAGUCACCCCUGCUGCACUUUCCCGUCCGCGUGGGCUUCGAAGAGAGACGCUUCUCGAAGCAGGCGCCAUGGCCCUUGCUCCCUUCGGCAGGCAAAGCUACUGCGCGAGGCAAAGGUGUUGUCGCAUCGGAUCGGAUCAAAAAUGCUUGCCAGC